CUUUGAAAUUUUAGAUUCUAUUCAAUUCCAUUAAAACCCAGCUCCAUGAAUAUCUUGUCUAAUCCUAAUUUGAUGGGUCAGUCAAUGCUUUUCACAUAAUCGCACUAAAUAAACAUAAAAUUUCCGGUGACAAUCAAAAUCCAAAAAUACCUCGUGAUCAAGUUAUUGGUUCCCGAUUUUACUACUUUUGCUAAGCUUAAUAAUGUCCUUUUUUUUAUUUUUUUAUGAGCCGCCUUCCAUUUCCAUGCUAUGAUCCCCAAGUGUCGAAAUUGAACCCUCCGCCAGGUCAACGUCAACGCCGAUCAUUCCCGGACUGCUCGAAAAUCUGGGCGACUCCGAGCUCCGCCUGAGAAUCUGCUUCAUCGCCCCGAUCAAUUGCAUGACCGGGUCCGGCGGCGGGCCGGUAAACCGGAACUUCUUACAGAAGUUGAGGUGGCGGUUCAAGGCCUCCUCCGCGCUGAUCAGCCGCUCGCUGCGCACAAUUUCAUCCUUCACCGCCUCCGCGCAGAGGCCGCAGAUCCACUGCCCCUUGUACCGUUCCCGGAUUCUCUCUAUGUACUCUUCAGUGCAUUCCUCCGUCAAGCCGCAGCAAGCGCACUUAACCAUAUCCCCUUCCUCCCACGCCGCCGCCGCCGCAACGACUGCGGCGGCGCUCACCGCCACUGAUUCAGCUAUAAUCGAGGUGGACAUAGCUGUAGAAACGAAGGAGUUGUAAACUCCUCUCCAAAUGAAGAGAAGAUGGGUUUUUUUAAAAGGCAGAGAUGCUUAAAAAGGGAAGAAAAUCAAUAGGAAAGGAAUCUGGAUGGUGGCUGGAGAACCGCUUUAUGUGCAUAGAAAUUUCUUGUUAGUUUACAGCAAAAUAUUCGAGUGCCAGAUUGAGUAGUCUUUAUUGAUUGAUG